AGCUGUCCAAAGUUGGCGAUCCAAAUAAUCGCAGCAGAGCAGACAGCCUAAAGAGCAAAAUAUGGGAUUUUCAGUAUGCAGCCUAGCCUUAGGGCUGCUGUGUUUACAAGCCGCUAGCGGUCAGCACGCCUUCUAUCAGCUCCUGCAAAACUACUCAGAUUUCUAUGGAGCUCGCCCACAAUAUGGACCUCCUCCACCACCGCUGCAUCAUCCUGCUCCGCUGCUGAAUGUCGGCUCUGCAGGACCCGGCUAUGGACUCCGACCUGCUCCCAACUCCAACUACCAGCUACCUCAGACUGACAAUGCGUUGUAUGGUCUGGCACCUCAUCCCUUGACCUGUGGACCAGAGUUCUCAGGGAGUUGCCCACACUCCAAGUACAGGACCAUCGAUGGAUCAUGUAACAACGCACACAACCCCACUUGGGGAAUGCCUAACACCCACUACGGUCGUCUUGUACCUUCCAAGUACUCUGAUGGUAUCCACGCUCCCCCAGUAUCUGUAAGCGGAUCCAAGCUGCCUGGCUCUCGUCUGGUCAGCAUCGUCUUGUUCCCUGAUGUCCCCAAGAACGACCCUCUCUGGACUCUGUCCUCCAUGACCUGGGGUCAGAUCAUGACUCACGAUCUGUCAAUGUCUAUGGGAACCACCCAAGCUAAGGCCCACUCCAUCAAGUGCUGCAGCCCUGAUGGCCAGAUUAGAGUUCCUGAAGAGUACGCCAGCCCUCUCUGCUUCCCCAUCCUCAUACCCCAGGAUGACCCUGUCUUCUCACGCUACCACCAGAUGUGCAUGAACUUCGUUCGUUCCACCACCUACUUGGACACUGGAUGUGGUUCUCCUCAUGAACCUGCUGAACAGCUUGUCGCUGUGACCCACUGGAUGGAUGCUUCUUUUGUUUACGGAUCUACUGGAGAGGUUGCCGCUCGUCUGCGUGAGGGACACGGAGGUCUGAUGCGUGUAGAUGUCCGCGAUGGUCGCCCAUGGCCCCCAGCAGCCGUCAACAAGAGCGCUGCUUGUGACACCCAGACCGAAGACGAACCCUGCUACCAGUUCGGUGAUGUGAGAGGUAACCAGAAUCCCCAGCUGACUGUUCUGCAGAUCAUCUUCCUGAGGGAACACAACAGAAUUGCAACAACCCUGGCUCACCUCAACCCCCACUGGGACGAUGAGACCCUCUACCAGGAAGCCAGAAGGAUCCUCAUUGCUGAGUACCAACACAUCAACUACUACGAGUGGCUGCCAAUCUUCCUUGGCAAGAAGAACAUGAAGAAGUACGGACUUCUGUACGAGACAGAAAGCUACACUGAAGACUACAGACCCGACGUCGACCCUAGCGCUCUUAACGGCUACGCUACUGCUGCUUUCAGAUACUUCCACUCCGCCAUCCAGGGACGUCUUGAGCUGAUUGGUGAGGAGCGUAACACCUACGGAGUUCUGCGAUUGAGUGACUUCUUCAACCGACCAGGAAUUAUUGAAGAGGGCCAGAACAUGGACCACUUUGCUAGAGGUUUGACCACCCAGCCUGAAGAAAACAUUGACCCCUUCUUCACCAGUGAGAUCACUGACUACCUGUUCCGUAACGGCAAACCUUUCGGCCGAGAUCUGAGAGCCACUGACAUCCAGAGAGGCAGAGACCACGGUCUUGGAGGAUACAACGACUACAGAGAGUUCUGCGGACUUCCCCGUGCGAAGACAUGGAAGGAAUUCAGCGACUACAUUUCUCCUGAGAACAUUGAGAAGCUUGCUCUCCUGUACGCCCACCCUGAUGACGUUGACCUGACUGUUGGAGGAUCCCUGGAAGCUCACGCUGAAGACUCCCUGGCUGGACCUACCUUCCUCUGUCUUCUAUUGGAGCAGUUCUACCGCACACGUGUUGCCGACAGAUUCUUCUUCGAGAGGGGAGACCCUCACUCUGGAGGAUUCACUCCUGAGCAAUUGGCUGAGAUCAGGAAGUCUUCUUUCUCUCGUCUGAUGUGUGACAACAGUGACAAUGUCUACCAAAUGCAACCUCGUGGUUUCGAAGUGAUCUCUCACACGAACCAGCUUGUGCCUUGCCAAGACGCUUCGACGAUACCCAUCGUGGACCUGAGUGCUUGGAAGGACCCCCACGGCCCUGUGCACGGAGGACCUUUCCCCUACGGCAAGAAAUAACUUCGGCCUCUCCCAGACCCCCCCUUCCAUGGUACAACAUAGUAUUGCAUUAACAUCGCUCCAUUCAUUUACUCACUCUAACUCGUCGCAAACAUACAACUAGGCAGAUUUAGAAACCCAGUGUUGUACUAGAAAAGGUUUAAAUUGUGUUACCGAUUUCUAGGAUGUAAGGAUCGUGAAUGUACAAUUCGAUUUAGUCGGGCUAUUUGUACGCUGAUAGGUUAUAGGUUGAAUUUGUGUCGAUAGCUUUUAUUUUACACCUUAAUUUUUUGGGAGUACUUGACUUUCUUGAAGAAGGUUAAUUUACUAUAAAACUACACAAAUGUCAGCGGAUUUUAAAUCAUUUACGUAUUUUUAACACGUUUUAAGGUGUUAGGUGCUAUAUAGUUGUUAUGUUGUAUGUUUUACCAAAUGUUGUAUAUAUUCGCUUCUUUGUAUGUUUGUCAUUAAUCGAUUCACUUGCUCAUUCGUACUCUUGUUCUGAGAAUCUUGCCAUUGUAUAGCAUCUUGACAUAUUGCUAGAAUCACUAAAAUUAGUUUCAUGAUGCAAAACCAAUCUAACCUUAUCACACUCUUCACUUCAGUUGAUAGAACACUAUUAACACUAGCACCAACCACAUCCCAUGUUCGAGCUAGGUUUUCUAUUUGUGAUUCCCCUGUGCCAACAAUAAUUAGGAUUUAUGUGUUGUGAGUUUGAUGCAAAUAAUAUGAGUUUAACUUUUAGUGAGUUUUACUUCUUCUCUUCACUGUAUUUCAUGAAUCAACUCUUUAACAGCAAACGCUUUAUCUGAAGUCUCAAAUAGAUUUACAACCACCCGGUGAAUCGAAAUAUUAUUAUUAUACGCUCAAUCGUGCUGUUAUAUUUGUAUAAAUUACCAUCAAACUUAAUGUUGGUUUUGCACUUAAUCCUUAUCAUCACAUGUCAUCACAUUAUCUUCCUGAAACAUCCAGUAUUUUUGUACUUUUGUAUAAGAUUAGAAGAUUAAGAUUUUUGUAAGCAUUUUUUGUACAUAUGAAAUAAAUAUUUAUAGAAAA